AUGUUGUCAGCUCUAUGCAGGACACGACCUACGUCCAGCAGCCUUCGCAAUGCUGUCAAGCCAGCCCGGUAUCGGUACCUGAGCAACUACUCGAGAACGACACUUUCGCUAAACAACAAUGAAGAAAUACCUGCCAUAGGCUUUGGGACAUGGCAAGACAAAGACGCCCAAGAAGAUGCUGUCUAUGAAGCGCUGAAGGCUGGAUAUCGUCAUAUUGACACGGCCCGCGUGUACGGAACCGAGCCAGCAGUAGCCAAAGGUAUCAAGCGAGCCGGGGUGCCUCGUGACGAGAUCUUCUUGACCACCAAGCUGUGGAACAACAGCCACCACCCCGAUGAUGUGGAGAAGGCAUGUGACGCGAGUCUUAAGGACUUGCACACUGACUACGUGGAUCUCUUCCUGAUGCACUGGCCCUCGGCCUUUCAGCGCGGAGAUUCCUUGCGGCCGAAACACGGUGGUAAGAUUUUGACCGACAAUAUCGACUUUGCCGAGACCUGGAAGGCCAUGGAGGCUCUAGUGAAGAGCGGUAAGGCCAAAGCCAUUGGUGUUAGCAACUUCAACAAGACGGAGCUAGAGAGACUCCUCGAUAAUGCGGACAUCACACCAGCUGCUCAUCAAUUCGAAUGCCACCCAUAUCUAGCGCAGCAGGACUUCGCUACCUGGCACAAGUCGAAAGGCAUUCAUAUCACGCAAUACUCGCCAUUCGGCAAUGCCAACCCCGUCUACGAGAAAGGCGAGAGUGUCCCCAAACUGAUCGACGACACUGUCUUGACGGACAUCGGCAAGAAGUACGGCAAGAGCGGCUCUCAGGUAGCUCUCGCAUGGGGAAUAGCCCAUGGCCGUUCGGUGAUUCCGAAAUCCAAGACCCCAUCACGAAUCAAGGCCAAUCUCGAAGGCGAUUUCAAGCUAGAAAGUGAAGACGUGGCCAGAGUCGAUGCAAUCGACAAGAAGCUUAGGUUCAAUGACCCUUCCGGCUCGUUUGGCUACGAAUACUACGUUGGUCUGGACGGAAAAGAGUAG